AACCAUGUCCCGUCUGUCGUCCCUGUUGAUUCUUGUGUGCAUCGGAGCCCUUCUGGUCGAGACAUUUGCUGCUCCAGACGAGCCAAUCAUCGUCCGCUCGAAGCGUCAGCAAUGCCGGUGCGUCAAGAAUCCUAAUGGUGGACUCACGUGCAGUUGUGCAAAGGGACCAGCUGAUGGCUCCUCUUCUUCCAUCGGAUCCGGUGUCCAAUAUGAUGCUCCCCAGUCGGCUGACAUUGCAAAUCAGCUCACCGCAAUGUCCCAACAAACUACCGGAAUGAGCGGAGCCCGUUGUGGAUGCAUCCAGAUUGUCAUCCAAGGAGCCCCACAAUACAACUGCCAGUGCGGAGAUCAGAGUGGAAACCCGCUCCCAACCACCACCACAAUGGCUCCAACCACAAGCUCCACCACCACCACUACCACCACAACCACCCAAGCCCCAACCACAACUUCCACUACAACUACACAAUCGCCAGUCUCCUACCCGCAAGUGCCAACUCAGACACAGGGAAGUAAUGGGGCUUGCAACUGCAUUAUGAUCAGUAUCACCAGCCCACAAACUGCUCAGUAUCAGUGCCAGUGUGCUCAACCACAGCAGCAACAGCAGCAACAGCACACCAUCGACUACGAGGACCCAACCAUCGAGUACGGUGCCCAGACAGCGAUCCCCGGAACUCUGCCAGCACCAUCCUCCACAACCACCACAACCACCUCAACAACUACAACUCCAGCACCACUGACGCAAGCGCCCCAACUCCUGAACCCGUCCAUGUACACCGCGCAGCCACCUACCGUAUACCCGGCCAUCGGACAGUUGGCCACCGGACAAGAGACGUGCUAUUGUCUUGAUCCGACCACCAGUGUCAUGUCCGGGUGUGGAUGCAGGUGUAACUGUGCCACGUUGAUGGUUACUGUACCAAAUGCGUACUGUGGGUGCCCACAGCCAGGACAACAACAGCAACAGGUUCAAUACGACACCUACGAGUACGCUCCAGUUCAGACCACCCCGACACCAAUGCCAACCACUCAAGUCCCAACUACCCAGGCUCCAACCACCCAGGCCCCAACCAUGCCAACUUCCUCAAGCCCGGUUCAAUAUGCCGACACCGCGGCCACCCAAUACCCGCUGACAACCACAUGUGUGAUGUACGUGAACGUGCCUACCACCGCCUGCUCGUGCCUUCCACAAUACGACCAGUGUGCUCAGAAUGUGUGCUGCUUGAAGUCCAAAUUCAGAAGUUACAAGAAAGCCGAAGAAACCCAACCAUCGACCCUCGACGUGCUCAUGAACGUUCUCCAGACGAUCAAAACGAAACUCGAAUAGAUAAUUAAUUAAUUUUUCGUGUUCCCCACAAUAUUUGGUAUCUGUAAAUAUGCCUCAACGAUUACUUAAUCUAAUAAAUUUAUGUCAUUAG